CAUGCAGCAGGAGCAAGCGUGCAAGCUUCUAGAGGGAGAGAUAGAGAAACAGAAUGAUAAUGAGCAGGAGGCAGCAGCAAGUAAAGCAGCGCUAGGACAGGAGCUGCAUCUCUCAGGAGAAAAAAGGAGAACGGAUUGAUCCAGCCCCUCGCCUCUGUUCUUUUUUUUUCUUUUCUUUUUUUCUUUUACAUUCAGAUUUCUUUUACUCAGAUGUGAGCGGCUAGCCUAGUGCAUCCAGCAUGCCAGGGAUGGAUGGAUUGAUGGAUACAUGUCUGAGAGCUCCAAGGAGAAGGAGGGAGAGUUGCUUGCAGGAAUCCGCAGCAACAGGUCUGUAAGGAUGGCACUGAAAUGAUGGUAACAUGCAGGCUUCUAAGCGCCUGACCCCAUCCAAGGAGAGAUGAGGCACCUAGAGGUGGGCUUACCAUGAGCAGCGUCCACUUCAACCACUCCCUUGCUGCUAUGAGCGGAAACGACUUAAUGGCACACUCUCUGACUCUGGAGCAAAAGACAGCGUUUGCUUUUGUGGGGAUGCUGCUGGUGUUCUUGGGACUGCUGAUAAUACGCUGCUUUAGGAUCCUGCUGGACCCCUACAGCAGCAUGCCCUCCUCUAACUGGGCCGACGGCAUCGAGGGGUUGGAGAAAGGGACAUUUGAGUACGCCCUCACUUAACGAUGCGACAACGGGACACAAACACACACAAACAUGAAAAACAGAUACCCAAGCCUGACCGACCACUGCACCUGACACUCCAUUAAGAUACCUUCAAGUGAUGAACAGAGCUAGAGUCAAAGCUGUGUAUGCCAUUUAAUGUGUGUGAAUUGUUAGGUCAGAGAACCUCUACUGUAUAUGAAUUGUGUGUGUCUGGGAGAGAGAGUGAAAUUGAGGCAGCUGCCGUGUCACAUUGGGUGCCCUUCUGCCAGGAAGUGUGUUUUUUAGAACAUCAGUUGACACAGAACUUGGAUGUAGCUCCCUUUAACCUACAAGCUGAAUGUCACGAUAAGGUGGACGUCAAUGAAACAGGAUGGGAGACUGAAGACUCAGGGACAAGAUUCCUCACAUGAACUCAAAACAGAGGGUGGCGUGGUUGCACUUCUGCACAGCAGAACUGUUCAGCGCAAGAAUGUAAAUGGGUGGAUACAGGGUAUUUUCAAAAUAGUGCUAAGUGACCUAUUCAAAACAAGUCUGUUGGGAAUCUUAAGGAAAGCAGGCACUUCUAGCUUUCUUAAGUCAUCCAGCGAAAGAAAAACAAAGGCAAACUGUGACCUACAUUGUGGUACUGCUGUUCCUAAACAAUGCAAAGGGAACUCAGAGACUGUACUGCUGCUGCCUUGGAGGAAUGGGAAACUGGUUGACUAAUGAGAAAAAACAAAUGAGACAAAAUACGUUCUUCACUCAGAGCACUGAUGUUUCAAAUCAAUGGGAGGAAAUCGCCCAGCAGAGGUGUGGCAAAUAACAAGGGCGGGAUGAGUUUCAGCUCUACACUUGAUCAUGCUUCCUGACUCUCCUAGAUCAUCCUGAACCCUCCUGAUCAUUUUCUGAUCAGACCGUGUGGUCUGGACUGUUCCUUUGCCAAUUUUUACAGUUUACUGUUUCUCCUUAGUGCUGUGAAUCUGCCUUACUGUGACCUUCAAUGGGUUUAUGUGCCUUCAUCUAGAACCAUUAGAGCACCCGUGUGUGGGUGUGUCUGAGUGAGCGUCAUACUAUAAUGACAGGCCGGUUGCUUGCUCCACUGGUGAUAGAGAUUUUGCAUUGAUUUCAUUCGAUUUGAUGAUGUGAAAUAAAAAAAAAUGGUUUAUUCACUUUAAA